GAAGAUCGUGUUACUGUAAAUAAUAAUGAUAAAUUUAUUGGUGCUAUUGAAAUUGUUAUUAAUGACAAUGAUGUUCAAGAAGGUGGAUUGAACCUAAAAAUGACAACAAUGAAAAUUUCUAUGUUG